AUGUUCCGUCGGUCCUUCAACUCCUCCCCAGAUCGCGAACGUACGACCAUCAACGACCUCCCCGAUGAAUUGCUGCUCAACAUUGGCGCGCACUUCACAAAUCUAAAUCGCAAUCGGGAUCUUAGAAAUCUCGCGCUUACAUCCAAGAAAUGGAAGCCUAUUGCGCAGGAAUGGCUGCUCAUAGAACCGAGGUUCAAUCUCACUUUCAUUGAUGGGUACAUGUGGGAGAUGGGUCAUCGGUCGCACUUGCUGUCGCGCGUCAAGAAGUUGGAAAUCUGGAGUCGCAGUGAAGGAAGAACUUCAAAGACAAGACAUGUUAAUCGCAUCGGAGUAUACGUAUACCUUACCGACGUCAUCUAUAACCCGACCCCCGCUCCAGAUCACAUAACACAGCAAGCCGAAUUCAUGGAAAUAUGCAAGACCGUGAUCCAGCAUUACGCCGCCAACAAGCGACACGCGAAGGACUGGAUCAACUCUAUCACGACAGACGUCGUUGCCGCACUAUUUGGCGUUCUUCUCUGCGUACUCCCCAACCUACGUGAGUUGAACGUCAGCGACGCGUGGCUAAUGGAUUCUCCUUUCUUCGCCAACACACGUUCUUCGUCCGCCAUCGCGAACCCUCCACAUCCAUGGUUGUGGAGACACAGCUUCCUCAGUGGCGCGCUCGCAGCCACACUACCUCGUUUAACAGUGCUCGAGGAACACCCAACGCCAACCCGAGAGAUCUUUCCGAGGACACUGGAAACAUUACGUAUCAGCGAAGCGACGCAUAUCACAGCUAAUUUCCUCAACGAUCUCUGUCUCGCCAAGAAAGCCUCCUGCUUUCCCAACUUGAAGCGGGUGGAAGCUUACCACAUUGAAUAUCUAGAGAAUACCAGGGCUCGUGCCGAUCUAGCAAGAUGCCUAGACCCAAUAGACGAUGUGCGCGCCAUGUUCCGCGAUGCUGAGGUUGCGGUGUAUCUCUAUUUUCCACCCUGGACCAUGAAGACGUGGGAGUCAGAAAGUGGCACGCCGUGGAGAAUGAAGACUGAGCCGGAUAGGCUACGUCGUGGAGAAUAUACAUGUUAUCGGAAAGCUAUGGGUCCCUUUGGAAUACAUCAGGAACCGAUGGAUAGGAUUGAGAUUGAGUGGGAUGCCGAGGGAGACGCGGUCAUGCUCUAG